AUGGCAAAGGACCGAUGCAACGCUUUCGACAACGGCAGCUUCAACGUCUUCCGUCACCCUGUCGGCCGGCAGUUCCUCACCGACGGCGAGCGCAAUGGUCUUAUCCAGGUUUUCUUGGCUACCAAUGCAAGCUGCAUCAUCAAUGUGCACAGCUAUGCUCGCUGGAAUGGGGAGAUUAUCGGCCAAAGUGCUCCAAGCAAUGAGAUCUUUGCUUCACUCUGGGGCAGUAUCGCAAGUGAAUACGUCAACAAUGGUCGACAAUUCCAGAUCAUUUUCGGAGUUAUCUGGGUGAGAUCUAUCCAGGCCGCUGUUACCGCCACCCGCCAGGCAGGCGCAGCGACGCAGCUGAUCCCGCUCCCGGGCAAUGACUACACAUCCGCCGAGACCUUCAUCUCAGACGGUUCCAUGUUUGCCCUCGGCAAUGGACUUCACGAAUCUCGUCUUCUGCGCCCACAAGCACCUCGAGUUGGGCCACUGGCACGUUCUUCGCCGGACUUGCUCGAGAUAGACGCUAAUGGACUGCGUGGCCAGCAACAUCAAGAUGCCUUCGGCCUGCCUUCGGCCUGCUUGCGACCUACUUGCCGGAUUGCCUUCGUCCAGCAGUACUCUGAUGUCUUCCUCGGCUACGUCGGCAGGGCCGCAGACUACUUUGACUCAAGCUACGCCCUCUGCGAUGUCCCAACGGACACUGACGAUGUCUAG